AUGCAUCGCUUUUUUGCAGAGCUGGAGCCAUCUCUAUCCGUCACUGAGCAAAACCUGGCAGACCGAGUUAGGUACAUCCUGCGCUCCAACAUAUUUGGUGACGCCGAACUCGAGCGACUACGACGUGAGGCUAUUCCUUCAUCGAAUGGAAAUGCUACGGCUGGGAAUGCGGCGCCACUAGAUGCGCAACAAACUGCAUAUGUGGAUGCUGCCGUCAACAUUCCAUUUGUGGCUAAUUCAGACGAUGAUGGAAUAGUCUCCCACGAACUAGAGAAAAUGAGGAGCAUAUUGGAAGAGUCGAUGCUGGAAACGCGCAGCAUGCCUCUGGAAAAUCGACCGCGACUUCCCCGCAUACCCCUUAGCAAGCGAAAUCGGGCUGUCGUGCGGGCUCUUAACCCAAUGCUGGUGACCUAUUUGGAAGCCAGCCGGGACCUUUGCGAGACGGAUUCAAUUCUUUUUGGCGCCGCACUGGCAGUAUGCCGUAUUAUUGGCGCCAAACUUCCCGUGGCUGGACGUGCUACUCAAAAAAGUAGCGCCAUCCCAGCCUGGAGAAAAAGAAUUGAGGACCGUAUCGCAAAGGCAAGGGCCCUUAUCGGCAGACUGACAAGCUUCAGGUCGGGUAAUAAUAGACCGAGGAUUAUGCGCACCGUUAGGAUGGCGUUUGCUGGGACAAAUAUCAAUUUAUUCCAGCCGGAUAUCACGCAAAAACUAACGGAGCGCAUAGAUGACCUGAAGCAAAAAAUCGCUGCUUGGGGGAAGCGGAUUCGACGAUUUAGCGAGAGGUCAAGGCGGUUCAACCAGAAUCGUCUCUUCCAGAGUGAUCAGAAGAGGCUCUAUAAAACAUUGGAGCGACCAGAGGUAUGUGGAGCGGGCCCAGGACCGGAUCAGGCUGACACUGUCGCAUUUUGGCGUGGCCUGUGGUUAGAGCCCGUAAACCACAACGAGGGCCCUUGGAUGGAAGUUGUGACGAGCCAGAGUGCAAGUGUUACGCCUAUGGACCCCGUCACCAUAACGCCUGAAGACGUGGCUGAGGCGCCGGAUAUCACGCAGAAACUAACGGAGCGCAUAGACGACCUGAAGCAAAAGAUCGCUGCUUGGGGGAAGCGGAUGCGACGAUUUUCCGAGGGGUUAAGGCGGGUCAACCCGAAUCGUCUCUUCCAGAGUGAUCAGAAGAAGCUCUAUAAAUCAUUGGAGCGACCAAAGGUAUGUGGAGCGGGCCAAGGACCGGAUCAGGCUGACAUUAUCGCAUUCUGGCGUGGCCUGUGGUCAGAGCCCGUAAACCACAGUGAGGGCCCUUGGAUGGAAGUUGUGGCGAGCCAGAGUGCGAGUGUUACGCCUAUGGACCUCAUCACCAUAACGCCAGAAGACGUGGCUGAGGCGACUGAUAUGCUUCAGAUCAGGCAACAACAGGCCAAGAAUUGUGCGCACCGUCAGGAUGGCGUUUGCUGGGACAAAUGUCAGUUUGUCCCAGCCGGAUAUAACGCAAAAACUGACGGAGCGCAUAGAUGA